AGACUAAAAGAAACAGCAAUUCUAGUCUGUUCGAAGUGGAGGAACUGAAGAACUUUUAGAUCAUGAUCAUUCUUCGUUCCUCACUGCGUUUAACAUUCUUCAGGCUUGAGGUGCACUUAUUUUCUGUCCGAUUCCUUUUCCAAUCUCUUUUUUAGUAGUUGGUCGUCUAAAUCUCCCUUUAGCUUCAACGACUCCCUUUGCAAAAGGCAGCAGGUAUUCCAAUUCCACCAUCAUCUUCCUCUUUUUCUUCCGCCAUGUGAGAGAGCAUGAGCUGCUUCAGGGCACUGCCAUGACCUCCCAAUGCAGAAUUCUUGCUCUGUUCUUCUCUUCUCUUUUUCUCUUCUUCGAGGAAUUGGUCGCUCUCAGCGAGGACGGCGUGCUGCUGUUGCAGUUCAAGUAUUCCGUCGUCGACCCCCUUGAAGCACUCGGCGACUGGAACUACGACGACCCCACGCCCUGCGCGUGGAGUGGAGUCAUUUGCAUGGGCUUCCUGGACGCCGGCGCCAGCGGCAGUGCAACGGCUGACGCCGCCGCAGCCGCCACGUCGAGAGUCGUCGGGUUGGUGCUUCCCAAUUCUGAGCUCGCCGGUAGCUUGCCGCCGGAGCUUGGCCUCAUCAGGCACCUCCGCCACCUCGAGCUCUCCGGCAAUGCCCUUAAUGGAAGUCUCCCGCAGUCCAUCUUCAACUCGUCGGAGCUGCGCGUGCUGUCGUUGGCCAACAAUGAUUUUUCCGGCGAGCUCCCGCCGGGCGGGUUCGGCGGUCGGGCGGAGUACGUGAACUUAAGCGCUAACUUCAUUAACGGCUCUUUGCCGCCGAACCUGGGAGGGCAGAGCCUCCUGUAUUUGAACUUAUCGCGCAACCAUAUCUCCGGCACAAUCCCGCCGGAGCUGGCAUCGGGAAUCCCGGCCAACUCCACCGUGGAUCUCGCGUUCAAUGAUCUCUCCGGAGAGAUCCCGCAGACGGGAGUGUUCGCCACGCAGAAGCCGGAGGCGUUCGCCGGGAAUUUCCAACUCUGUGGGAAGCCGCUCGAGAACCUCUGCACGAUCCCAUCCACCCUCUCCAGUCCCCCCAAUUCGACGACGGGGACGCCACUGGAUCGUCCUCCAGCCUUCGCGGCGAUGCCGGAGAACGCUGCGGACAGGACGCCUACAGCCGGCGGCGGGCAACGGGGGCUUCGCCCUGCGGUAAUCAUAGCGAUCGCCGUUGGAGGUAUGGCUGGAAUUGGAUUUCUCUGCGCCAUGUUUUAUUACAUAUACUACAUGAAAAUGAAGAACAGAGAGGAACAACAUCGACAGCUGCAACAGGGAAACGCAGUGGCUCUUGGCAUGAAUAAGCAACAUUCGCCGCCGCCGCCGCAGCCGUCAUCGGAAUUGAGAGGAUUUAGUUGGCUCUUCUGCUGUUUAAAGGGAAAGGACGAUGAGGAAGAAGAAGACAGCGAAGAGUCGUCGACCUCCUCUGACCCAGAAGCCGAGGAAGAGACAAGAAACGGAGCGGAGAAAGUCAGCAGCGGAAGAACACCACAGCAACCGGGUGCCACUCUCGUCACCGUCGAUGGAGAGACGGAGCUGGAGCUGGAGACCCUUCUCAAAGCCUCGGCCUACAUACUCGCCGCCUCGGGGUCGAGUAUCGUCUACAAGGCGGUGCUCGCAGAUGGCACAGCCCUGGCCGUCCGGCGAAUCGGCCAGAGCAGCACCAUCGACAAGCUCAAGGACUUCGAGGCUCGGGUACGCAGCAUCGCCCAGCUCCGCCACCCGAACCUCCUCCGCCUCCGGGGAUUCUACUGGAGCGCCGAUGAGAAGCUCCUGAUCCAUGAGUACGCCCCCAACGGCAGCUUAGCCAACAUUUCAUUCAGCACCAAGAGGCAGAGUUCGUCGCCGUUCCACUUGAGCUGGGAAUCGCGGCUCCGGAUCGCGCGGGGCCUGGCGCGAGGCCUCGCCUACCUCCACGAGAAGAAGAGCGUGCACGGAAAUCUGAAUCCGAGCAACAUCCUUCUGGACGCGGACAUGGAGCCAAAGAUUGCCGACUUAGGCCUCGAACGCCUUCUCUCCGGCGAAGGCGGCGGCGGCGGAUACCGCCUGGGCACGUCGUCGCGGCUGUUCGGCAGCAAGAGGUCAUUGCAGUGGCAGGGAAUUUUACCGGAGCUUUCGCCUCCGGCGCCGGCGGUAGCCAGUCCGUGCGCGUCCUCCUCCGCCGCGUCGGCGGUGUACCAGGCCCCGGAGUUUCUGAAGAAUCUGAAGCCGAGCGUGAAGUGGGACGUGUACUCGUUCGGGGCGGUGCUGCUGGAGGUGCUGGCGGGGAGGGUAGUGUCGGAGGAGGAGGUGGACGAGUGGAACGCCGGGGGGUUGGUGACGGAGGAAAGACACAGGGUGGUGAGGAUGGCGGAUCCGGCUGUGAGGGGGGAGGCGGAGGGGAAGGAGGAUGCGAUGACGAGCUGCUUCAGGCUCGGGUUCGCUUGCUGCGCAGCGGCGCCGCAAAGAAGGCCGGCGAUGAAGGAGGCAGUUCAAGUGCUGGAGAAAUUACCACCUCCUCCUCCGUCCUCUCUUUCCUAAUGUCCCUACGAACUUGAGAUUAGCCAUCCCUGAUGAGCAGGGCACUGGGACGAGCUCAGUCUUUGCCGAUUUUACUUAAUUUAAUUAAA